AUGGAGGACGGUGAGCACAAUAACAAUAAUAAUAACAAUAACAACAAUGCGGAGGACGCAGGCAAACCUGCCGUGAAAGCGGAGGCUCCUCUUGUGUCCAUCAAGGUUGUGAACGCCGACGGAGCUGAGAUGUUCUUCAAGAUUAAGACCGGAACGCAGCUGAAGAAGCUUAUCGACGCAUACUGCAAGAAGCAGGGCAUCUCGCGCAGCAGCGUCCGCUUUCUCUUUGACGGGUCGCCUAUUGACGAGUCCAAGACGCCAGCGGACUUGGGUAUGGAGGACGAUGACGUGAUCGACGCGAUGGUUGAACAGACGGGUGGAAACAUUAUUUAA